UUAAAGCCCAGAUACUUCUUUGCAAGUCUUGUAUAAGCAAAAACACGCCACUGCUGCGCGGCACAUCAUGUCAUCUCCUCCGCCAGAUCCGGCUGCACUGGCUGCAGCCGCUGCAGCUUUUCACCAAUUCACUGUUGAGGCCUUCACUCUUUUGGCAAUCGGUAUAGCCAUCACCGUGCUCAGAACUUUUGCUCGCGUUAGAUUUGCUGGCUGGCGAGGCCUGAGCGGUGAUGACUAUCUUGCAUGGCUGGCCAUUCUUUUCUACAUAGCCGAGACUUGCCUGGCGUAUAGUGUUGGCAAUGCGGCAAAUGGACUUGCAAACAAUAAUAUGACGGAUGAGCAGCGAGCUGCGUUAUCGCCAGAUGAUCCCGAGUAUCAUUUAAGAGUGCUAGGAUCCAAGAUCCAGAUUGCAGGAUGGUCGACAUAUUCGACGCUUCUUUGGACACUGAAGACGUCGCUGCUAAUAUUUUACAUCAGACUUACAGACGGAUUGGCCAGGCAUUACCGCAUUCGAAUCUAUAUAGGCUUUGCUUUUCUUGCAGCCAGCUACAUUGUUGUGGCGCUGAACCUAUAUCUUUCAUGUCGACCUUUCCAUAAGCUGUGGCAGAUAUACCCCGAUCCUGGAAACGUCUGCCAGCCUGCCAUUUCCAAUCAAAUCAUUUGGGUCUAUUGGGCAUUCAAUGUGACCACCGACUUAUACAUCAUAUCGAUUCCGUUGCCCAUGCUCUGGACAACUAGUCUGAAACCUUGGAGGAAAAUUGGACUUAUUUUUCUCUUUAGUGGGGGACUUUUUGUCGUUGUUUGCGCCACUUUGCGUUGUGCGCUCAUUGUACUGGAUACGGCCAAUGGUGCACAGCUGGCCGGAUCUUGGGCCGUAAGAGAAACAUUUGUCGCAGUUGUCACCACCAAUCUUCCCAUGCUUGUUCCUUUGCUCAAGAUGUUGAUUGGGCCCUUUAUUGGAUCCAUCCUUUCCUCGAGACGUUCUACACAAAAGCUUGAAGAUGCAACACCGAAAGACCUCGUUACCUUUGGCGGAAGUUCCAAAAGUUGGCGUGGUCGCGGGCCCCCAACUGCGAAUCCAAUCACCAAUAUCACGAUAAACGAAAGCGAAGAACAUAUUGUGGGAGAUGUCAGAAUGCAGGACCUCAAAGUAUGGAGUGACGGCCACAACGAAAACCAGCAAUUGAGAGCUGAUGAGGACAAUAGGAACAUUCGCAAACGCAUCGAGAUUGACAUUGUGAGCGCAAAUCGGCUUAAUACAGAGCGGGGUUGA